UGCCCGUUUUCAGAAAUCCAAAUUUUAGAAACAGAGACAAACCAGUAAAGAAAAAAAGAAAAGACUAUACAGAAAAUACAAAAAUAGGAAGAGAAGUCUUUACAAAAUCACCCAAUUCCAAUUUGAACUCAUCAGAGGUGCUUGUUCCUUGGAUCAGUAACCAUGAUUCAUUUUGUGCUGCUCAUUAGCCGACAGGGAAAAGUGAGGCUAACCAAGUGGUAUUCACCAUAUACACAAAAAGAGAGAACCAAGGUAAUCCGUGAACUCAGUGGUAUGAUUCUCACUCGUGGACCAAAGCUUUGCAAUUUUGUUGAAUGGAGGGGAUACAAAGUUGUUUAUAAAAGAUAUGCAAGCCUGUAUUUCUGUAUGUGCAUAGACCAAGAGGACAAUGAGUUGGAGGUCCUGGAAAUCAUACACCAUUAUGUUGAGAUUCUAGACAGAUACUUUGGAAGUGUCUGCGAGCUGGACUUAAUCUUCAAUUUUCACAAGGCAUACUAUAUAUUGGAUGAACUUCUGAUUGCUGGUGAACUCCAAGAAUCAAGCAAGAAAACUGUUGCACGUCUAAUUGCUGCACAGGACUCUUUGGUCGAGGCUGCCAAAGAAGAGGCAAGUUCUAUUAGUAACAUCAUUGCACAGGCCACUAAAUGAGAGUUGUAUGGAGGCGUUUAAGUUUUUUUUCGGUGCAUUUAAGUUUUUCAGAUUCUUGUUCGUUGGUGUAAUCCAAUCUUGUUAUGACAUUAUUUCUUCUGUCGAUGCUAUUGCAUCAUUGUUUUUGUUUAACAUUGUAGUUAAGAAAAGGAUUUCUAUAGUAAUGAUUUUUCUUCUCAACUAAGCCUGCUAUUGCACUGAUGUAAUCUCUUGCCUUAAACUGCUGGUAAUAUAGUACUUGUUCUUGUGGAGCUA